AUGGCCUCUUCCACCUCCUCCAACUGCGCAGAUUCGGUCUUGAAUGCUUUGGAAAAUCUGGAUGACCUUUGGGAUUUAAAUGUUUACAUAGCUGAGAAACUGAAGCGGGAGUUUCGACUCUUGAGGACAUUUCUCCUCUGCGCCAGAAUAUGGAGCAGUUUUGAAUCUGACAGUGAUGAGCAUGUAAGUCUAGUAUCUUUCAUGUCUAAACUUGAAGCUGCUAUCAAUGAAAGUGCACUCAAUUUUCAACCUUAUUGUCGUAGAUCGGGCAGAGUAAUGAGUAAAAAGCUGUUUAGGUUGUCUCUUCUAGUUCGACGUAGUAUCGAAACUUUCAGGCAAAAAAUCAACCAUUUUUACUUCAGAUUCUCUAAUAUUCUGUUGCAAACUAGUAAUUGUCUAAUGGGAUCUGAGUUGAUUGAAUUAAUGGACUCUGUACUAGAGAAUCUGGUUGAUUUUCUUCUCUGCAUCCAUGGAGAUGAUGGUCAAGUUCUACUAGAACUAAGCAAAGACCUGCAGCAGAAGCUAAGAUUCUUCCAAAGUUUGAUUCGCUUCAGUUUGUCACGAGUUGUUGAGCAGAGGCAAUCGGGAGCUGCCAUAUCUCACAUCAAUCUUGUGGCUCUGAAUGCAGCACGCAUCUUUUCCGUAUGUUGGUUAGACGUAAAAGAUGAACAAGUGUUGAAUGAAGUGCAAAAUAAGAUUUUGGAACUGCUACAGAUGAUCAACCCCGUUGAUCCUCCAGUCCGUGAGAUUUACAUGCAAGUCCUCAUGGGUUCAAAUUUAUCAGGAUCAUCAUGCACUAUGAAUAAGGAGAUGAAUAAGCACAUAUUGGGACGCUUAGUCGAUGCUUUCCUGGGUAAUCUUUGGGAGAUACUUAACUGCAGUACCAGUUUAAUGGAUUCUAAGACAGAUGAAAUACAUAGAGUCUACGAGGGACUGAGAUUCUUGAGAACCAUUCUAGAAAACCAGUAUGAGAACUUUGAUGACCUACCUGAAAAACUGAAGGAUAUUAUUGGAGCUUCUAUUGGUGAGGCAAGAAAUGUGAUUUACUCACUUUUUAAGCACGAACUGAAAGAGGGUUCUGCCAGGGAAAUGGAUAUUGUUCUCUUUGCUUUCCAAGAAAACAUUAAGCUUAUUGAGGCAGAAGUAUCCGACAAAUAUGCAGUAACAGAAACAUUUCAAUCACCCAGUACAAUCCUGGAAGAUAUUAAGCUUGUUAAUAUAGAAGCUAUAGAGAUUGAUGAUGAAAAUUACAGCUUUGAAGCUGAAAAGACUAUCCAGGCCUUACAGCAUUCACAAUCACAAAGGACUAUACCAACAUUCAAUCAAGUUGUGGUGGGAUUUGAUGAUGAGGCCGAGCAAAUAAUCUGCCGACUUACAAGAGGAUCGGGACAGUUGGACAUUGUUUCGAUUGUUGGCAUGCCUGGACUGGGUAAGACAACAUUAGCUAACAUAGUUUAUCAUGAUCCUUUCAUUAUAUGCCACUUCCAGAUUCGUGCUUGGUGUUGCAUUUCUCAAGUAUAUGGAAAGAAAGAUGUCUUAAUUCAGAUAUUGGUUUGCAUUCGUCCUGUGGGUGCUAAUGAAUAUUCUGGGAUGAAAGAAGAUGAUCUUGCUGAAGAGCUCUAUCACAGAUUGAAGGGAUACAGGUACCUUGUUGUUCUGGAUGAUCUUUGGGACAUUGAGGCCUGGAAUGGGUUGGAAAGGUUGUUCCCAGAUGACGCCAAUGGAAGUAGAAUUCUUUUAACAAGUCGAAUUUCUAAGUUGGCUUUGGAAGUUAAACCUGCAAGUAGACCUCUCCAUCUCCGCCAACUUACCGAUGAUGAGUGCUUGGAAUUACUACAGAAGAAACUAAUAGAAAGAGGAGGAUAUCCUCCGGCACUAUUGCUACUUGGAAAGCAUAUAGCAAAAGGUUGUAAAGGGCUACCUCUAACAGUUGUGAUCGCAGCUGGAAUUCUUGGAAACUUAGAGCAAGAUGGUUGGGAAAAAGUGGCAGAAAGUCUUAGUUCAAGCAGUGUUUGCGGCACAGAACAUUGCAUGCAUAUGUUUGAGCUGAGCUACAAACAUUUACCUAAUUAUUUGAAGCCAUGCCUUCUAUAUUUUGGAGUAUUUUUAGAAGACCAAGAGAUUCCUGUUUGGAGAUUGAUGCGGCUGUGGAUUGCUGAAGGCUUUGUGCAAAAAACAGAGGUAAAGAGUCUAGAGGACAUAGCUGAGGACUAUAUAAUGGAUCUGAUAGGGAGAAGCUUGGUUAUGGUUGACAAACAAAAAUCUAUUGGUGGAGUGAAAACUUGCCGCAUUCAUGACUUGUUGCAUGAAUUUUGUCUAAGAAAAGCCAAAGAAGAAAAUUUUCUGCAGUUGAGACGUGGUUAUGCUGGACUCUCUAAUUUUGAUGAGCCAAGUAAUACUCGUCGGUUGUCUAUUUAUUCUAAAGCAAAGCAUUUUCAGAAAUCAAGGCUAUUUUGUCCCCUUCUAAACUCUCUACUGGUCUCCAGUCAGAGUGAGAACUAUGCAAUACCAUACAAUUUCUCAUUUAUUUUGCGCAUGUUUAAACUUCUGAGAGUGUUGGAUUUGGGAAAACUUAAUCUCGGUUUUGUUUUUCCUGGUGAAAUUUCAUUGCUUGUUCAGUUGAGGUACUUGGCAUUUGGGGGUAGCAUGACUUCCAUCCCAUCAUCAAUAGCAAGCCUCUGGAACCUGGAAACGUUGGUUUUAAAAUUAUCGCCAGGUAGUCUUUUUCUCCCGGAUACUAUUUGGAAUAUGCGGACAUUGAGGUACCUCCAUGGAAGUGGUAGCUUUCUUGAUCUUAGUUUGGCCAAAUAUAACUGGGAGAGCUCCUCAGAUUUGUGUAACCUCGACACUAUGUCGGCUCUUGUGCUUGAUUUGGGGCAAAGCAUGGAUAAGAUAAUGAAAAAGUUUCCAAAUAUCCGCAAACUAAAAUGCAGUCUCCGGGAAACAGAAGAAUCUUCUGGGGAUUGGAACAAGGUUGUGGCAAUUGACUUUCUAUGGCGACUGGAGUCACUCAAGCUGUCUUUUUAUCAUGUGAACAAGAAUCAUUAUGAGUACCAUUUCCCCUUGAAUCUUAAAAAGUUGACUCUUGAAUCAUUUCCCUGGAGUGCGAUUUCCUCAAUUGGAAGACUACCUAAUCUUGAGGUUCUUAAAUUACUGGGAGCAAAAGGCUACAGGGUAGAAAUAUGGAACAUGGAAGAAGGGGAAUUCCCUAAACUCAAAUUCUUGAAGUUGGAGGCCUUGCCCGUUGUCAAGUGGACAUGCUCCAGUGAUCAUCUCCCUUGUCUUCAGAAAUUAAUUUUGCACCGCUGCAUGGAAUUGGAGGAGCUACCUUCUUGUUUGGAGGAAAUUCCAACUCUUGAAUUGAUUCAAGUACAUCGGUGUCCAGGUUCUGUUGGAAAUUUGGUUCAACAGAUUAAAGAAGAGCAGAUGAACUGGGGAAAUGUGGAUCUGAAAAUCCUUAUUUUAGAAGAGAUUUAG